AAACUACCAACAACAAGAAAAAGACUUAAGAAAAUGGCCGAAAACGAAAACCCAAUUCGUUUUGGAAUCAUGGGGUGCGCCGAGAUCGCUAGAAAAGUCUCUCGAGCGAUCCACAUAUCCCCCAACGCCGCCGUAGUCGCCGUCGCCAGCCGCUCCGCCGACAAGGCCAAACAAUUCGCCGUGCAGAAUAAAUUGUCGCCGAACGUGAAUCUUUAUGGAAGCUACAAGGAAUUGCUGGACGACCCACUUGUCGAUGCGGUGUACAUGCCAUUGCCGACCAGUCUGCACGUGAAAUGGGCGGUGAUGGCAGCUCAAAAGGGCAAGCAUUUGCUGCUGGAGAAACCCACCGCCGUUGACGUCAAGGUGUUCGAUGAAAUGCUUGACUCGUGCGAGGCUAAUGGGGUGCAGUUCAUGGAUGCCAGCAUGUGGUACCAUCACCCCAGGACUGGAAAGAUGAAGGAAUUGUUGUCGGAUCCCGAGCUUUUCGGACGCGUUCGAGCCAUCCACAGUUCUUCAUCGUACUACGGAGGACCACAAUUUCUCGAGAACAAUAUUCGAGUAAAACCAGAGCUCGAUUCUUUAGGUGCACUAGGCGACGCAGGGUGGUACUGCAUAGGCGCAAUAAUGUGGACUAUGAACCAAAAACUCCCGACAACCGUAACCGCUAUCCCCACUACCGUACUCAACUCGUCGGGGGUCAUACUAACAUGCACCGCUUCUCUACAUUGGACGGCCGAAGAAGAAGAAGAACAAACUGUCGCGACGUUCUACUGUUCGUUCAUCGCUCACGAGACCAUGGGUUUAUCGGUAUGCGGUUCGAAAGGGACUCUCUUUGUCGAAGAUUUCAUUAUCCCGUUUGAAGAGAGUUGUGCCGGUUUUCGUUUUAGUUCGGGUGCUAAGUUUGUCGAUAUGCACGUCGGUUGGAAUUCGAAGCCUCGAGAAAUCGAAGUGGCGAAUGAGUUUCCGCAAGAGGCUAUGAUGAUUGGGGAGUUUUCGAGGCUUGUGAAAGGGGUUAGAGAUCGAGGGCUUCGACCGGAUUCUACGUGGGCCCGGACUAGUAGGGUUACUCAGGUGGUGAUGGAUGCUGUGAAGAGUUCGAUCGAUGGUGGUUAUAAAGCUGUUUAUCUGUAAGUACUUAUUUGCUUAUAACUUUUGUUUUCGACUUUUCGUUAGCAAAGUGAUUAAAGACGGUGGUUAAUCAUAACGAGGCCUGAAAUUGUACGAUUUCGAAUCGGAUCCGACUAAAAGUGUGUGAAUUUAUGUAGCUA